CGUAUUUAUACCAAUAUGGCUGAUUUCACGUGCAUUUUAAUACUUUUGCUAAUUUGAUCGCUUUGAUGUAAAAAAUACGAAGUCACAACUGAAAAGAUACGUCUAAUUAAGGAAUUAUAGUUGAUGAACUCGUUGAAAAUGUCAAAUCCUGGCAACAGCAAUCAAUUACAAACUGCAGAAGGGCAAUUAAAGUCUUGCCUUCGUAUGUUACAAAAUGCUUCCACAGACAACGAAAAAAUGGCUGCUUUGUUGCUGUUUACUCAUUUAAUGAAGACCAAUCCAGCACUCACCGUGAACUCCAACGAGUUAUUCAAAGCAGUAGAUGUCAAAUUCCUAGUCCGUCUUUUAAAGAGCUCCAAUGUUCCAGAAGGAUGCCCUGAUUACAUGUUUAAAUCUUUAGCACUAAAUAUUCUUAGCAGUUUCACUGAAGGUGACAUACUGUUUCACCCUUUAUUGCUUUCAAAUUUAGGCUCAAUUGCCGAAGUGCUUUCGAUGGCUAGAACGGCAGCCGAAACGUCUCAAAUAUUUGACGAUAGUGUUGCGAUACUUUUAAUAUUCUCCAGAAGUGCCAACGGUUGUGAACACCUUUUAAAAUCAAAGUGUAUCCCCACCAUUUGUAAGGCAAUUAUCCAAAACCACGAGGACGAUAAAUUGUUUAAUAUUUUGCGAGGGAUUCUUUUCCAUUUACCGCAGCAUUCCUGGGCACAAAAUUGUUCAGAUCUUUCAGAAGUAUCGAUGUUCUUUUCCGCCCAGUUUGCCGAAAACCAAGAUCUCUUAAAGUUCACAGCUUGUGAAAAAUUGUUAGCUUUACUAUCGAGCUUAUGUGAAUCACAACUUAGUGUUAAUAACAGUAAAAUAUUUCCCCCCAAACUGAAGGACGAAAUAAGGAGAGGUCUUAAUGAUAUUCUGCAAGCAAGGUGCAAAGUGGAAUUCAAGUACACUGCGAUAAAGUUAACAAAAGUCAUGAUUGAAUUAUUUGGCCUUGAGUGGACAGUCAUUAACACUUCCGAGAAAUCGGUACUCGACAUGUCAAGUACUAAAUUUUUGCUUCUGGCAUUAAGCAUUAUUCAAACUGAAGUAAGACUAAUUCUUGAAAGUGGCCAAAUUGAUGCCAAAUCAGAUUUCAUUGUUUCUUGCUAUGUAAUAAUCGAGAAAACAAUCGAAUUCUUGAUUUGUGAUAAGGAACAGGUUAAUUCAUUCAGCAAUGAAGUCAUCAUGAAAAUACAUUCAUCACUCACAGAGACAUUUGACUGUGUUCUUCAGUUUCUGAUUGGCCUUGGCUCUCAAGAAGCAAUCGGACAAACCCCAUGCUUCCAAGUACCCAUCGUCAUUGCGACAGUGCGAGUGCUCUGUGUCUGGUUAUCAGAAGAGACAAAUGCAUUGACUGAUAAAAUUGCACAAGUCUUACCAAUCCUCUUGAAGUGGACAAAGCUUGGUCAAACCAGUGCAGGUAAGCAAUUGAUCAUCUGCAUUGAUGCACCCCUGACCCCCCCCCAAAAAAAAAAGAAAUAAUUUGUACUCCCCUUGGCAAAUCUAACAUCAAUCUGCCCCUACAUACCAUUUCCCAUCAACAGGGUUCAUUUCCAUUUCUAGUAGGAAAAAAGGUAUCCCCUGCAAAACAUACUGGAUAGCUCAAUUCUAAACUGUUCUCCCUAGCUUGCCUUUGUCCAGUAACAGACAUCAAUAAAUGGUCCAGUAUUAAUGGUGAAGUACUCAACUGUCAAAGUGGAAACACGUCUGUUCUCACAUUGAUUGAAGUGAAAUUAUAAUCAGACAACUGCAUAUUGUAGGAAUGGAACCUCGGUCACAGAAGCGAAAGGUUAACAACUGUACCACAAAACAACCAUAACAUACAAAAACAAAGCUAACGCCUAAUUUUACCCUCCUUUUAUCCACCUCCAGGUGAAGACAACCUUCCUACAAAUGACUCGACUCCAAACAACAUCCUGCUCUGUCUCUUACCUCCACUCUGCCACCUUUCUGCCGACGAAUCAUUCUGUGCGAUCCUUGUCAAAGAAGAUUGUCACGUUCUGCUUGCAAACCUCUUUAACACACUCUGGCAAGCACAACAAGUAGAAAGAGUCGACUACCCUUCCUAUUUGAUUACCCUCUGCAAUGUCUUCUUAAAUGUCUCAGUCUUGGAGGUUGAGUUGGUUAAAACAAGUCAAGAGUUUGGAGACAUCUUGGAGUCAAUUAUGAAUGCAGUUCCGAAAAUGGUUGACGCAAACUCUACAACGCUAACAGCACAUUUUGGACUGCUUGGCCUGAUACUGUUCAGGCAUAGAUUCAAGUUAAACACUCCACAAUUAACCGUUAUUCAGAAUGACUUUAUUUUAAAUAGCAUCAACUUCCUAAAACAAGUCCAUUUAUCAGUAAGCGCAGACGAAAGCAAUCCACUUAUUCAUUGGAAUGAUAUCUCUGAACUUUGGUUUUUAUCUCUUCAAAACCUGGUCGCAUGUGCCAAAACUAUCGAACCAGUGAAAAAGCUCAUUCUUGAUUCGAGUUGGCCCAAGGAGAUUAAAGUAUGGAUGAACAAUUGUAAUCAUAGCAGUAAUAAUUUAUUUCAAGAUUUAAAAUCAGCACUCUUGCCCAUAGCGAACCUGGAGUAAUUUGGAAUGUGGGAUUUUUUCAUAUGAACUGUUAAACUAAAAUAUAGUUGAUUUAGUUAUGUCUAUAUGUACACACAUUUUGUAUUGUUGCUGUUCAAAAUAUGUUUCAUUUCUUUUAUUUUAUAUGUUUCUGUACUGGAGACGUUAAAUGUCUUAAAUGCGUUGAGAAAAGCAGAAAUUAAGGGUGCCGCCAUUUGUGUCUGAACUAUGUGAGAAAGACUAAAAGCACUUUGUUUUUGACGUUUUGACUUUUGAAUAGAGACCCUUCUCGUCCAGACGUUAGAAAAGUUACGUUGCCUUUAAAGGCACAGUUCGGCCUUUUGAACGAUGGUUUUUAAGGCGCAAUUCAAGAUCAGCAAACUUUAUGUUUUUAACAUUUUAAAACAUUUUUAUUGUUAAAAAUAUUGAGUUUACUGACCUUGAAUUGUGUAUAAUUGAUUUUCCUAGUUAGUUUUUUCAAUUAAAAGGGCUGAAAUGCGCCUUAAAAACCAUCGUUCAAAAGGCUGAACUGUGCCUUUAAAACAUAUGACCACUUGAGGCGAAGUGUUUUCAAUUUUUUCAGACAGUUCAGACACAAACCAUAGCAGAUGCCUACGGAUCUCACUAGAUUGGUUUGCAACCCACAUUUUCAUCACUGGAUAAAAUGGACAAAUUUAUACAUCAUUUAGCCUUUCAGGCGAUAAGAUUAAAUAGCCUCAAUCACCGUAACUUUCGUUACAAGAAUUUAACAAGGAAAUAGAGUUAGGUUUUAUACAUAAGCUAUCUUCACUAAUCUACCUGACCUCUUUAUACAACUGGAGCCCACGUGAUGUAACUCUAUUAUCCAGCUUUUCCAAGUUCGAUUUUUUCUUUCAAGACCUUCGAGGAAUGAUAAAUUAACGAAUCAACGAGACCAGCCAC